AUGGCCGACGAGCUCGACGAGCUGAUCGGCUUUCUCUCCGACCGCAACCCCCAGGUGCGUGGCGCGGCGGUGGACAUCGUGCGCGGGCUGACGGGCGGGGAGGACGGCCUCCGGGCGCUCACGGCGCGCGCCGACCGCGCCCUGCCGGCGCUGCUCCGCCUGCUGGCCUCCGCGGGCGGCAGCGGCGCGGGCGAGGCCGCGGCGGACUCGCUCGUCAACCUCAGCCAGGACGCGGCUCUUGCGGCGCGCCUCGUAGCGCUCGGGGCCGUCGAUGCCGCCAUGGACGUCGUGGCCAAGCGAGGCGGGGAGCAGUCGGCUCUCGCGCGCAGCCUCGUCAUGCUGCUCGUCAACCUCACCCACAUCGAGUCCGGCGUAGCCGCGCUCCUCCAGGUUGGGGAUGAGAAGGUGCAGGGCUUGUAUAUUGCAACGCUCGUGCGAUCAUUCUGUAGGUCAUCCAGUGAUUCUGAAGAGCAAGACAUUUUUGAAUACGUUGCCUCCAUACUUGUCAAUAUAUCUAAGGUUGAAGCUGGAAGGAGAAUAUUGAUGGAGCCUAAGAGAGGUCUUCUGAAGCAGAUUAUUCGACAAUUUGAUUCAACAAAUCAACUUAGGAAGAAAGGGGUUACUGGUACAAUCCGUAACUGUUGCUUUGAGGCUGAUACUCAGCUUCAAAGUUUGCUUUCUUUAGCAGAAUAUCUUUGGCCAGCUCUACUUUUGCCUGUAGCUGGAAAGAAGAUAUAUAGUGACGAAGACAGAUCGAAAAUGCCACUUGAGCUAUCAAGUGCACUCUCUCAUGAACGGGAAGCUGUUGAGGAUUCUGAAAUUCGGCAGCAGGCGUUGGAGGCUAUUUAUAUGAUUGUAUUGCAGGAUGAUGGCAGAAGGUCCUUUUGGUCAGUUAAUGGUCCACGAAUUCUGCAGGUUGGUUAUGAAGAUGAAGAGGACCCGAAAGUGAUGGAAGCAUAUGAACUCAUUGGUUCCCUGCUUGUUGGGAAGGGUGAAGGUGAACAAGAACAAGGAGAGAAGCCUCAAUGA